AUGGAGGGCUUCUGCUUCGCGCGGUGCCGGUUCACGCGGCUCAUGGCGGUGAUGCAGCUGGCGAUGGGUGUGUUCGUCAUGAUCAUCAGCAUGGCUAGCCUCCACCGCUUCUACGCCACCCACAGCCUCCUCCCGGGCCUCGACGUCGACCCCGCCCACUGCACCAAGUUCCACACCGACACGGCGGGCUACGCCAGCUUCGACAUCCGCGCACUCGCGGACCGCGUCGACGACGUGCUGGUCCAGCUCGCCGAGCUCCAAGACAAGCUGGAGACCACGGCGCUCAAGGUCGCCAAGAAGACCAAGAAAAGCAAGGCCAGGCGCAAGCCGCAGGAAAACAUGACCAUGCCGGAGUUCCGCCGGUUCCUAGAGGACGAAGUCAUCCACCCGCUCUACAGCGCGCACAUCGCCCUCCGCCUCAUCCGCAUCCCGCGCCCCGACGACGGGGACGGCGACGCCUCCACCACGCCGGCCGUGGACCCUCUCGUCAACUUCUUCACGGCCGAGGAGACGCGCAAGUACGUGACGGCCAAGGGCAACCGCGACGGCCUGCCCAGCGUGUACGGGACGAACCGGACGUACAGCACCAUCGGCCACGCGUGCGUGCUCAUGCGGCGAGAGCUGGACGAGUACAUGAGCUACGACGUCGGCUCGCACUGCCCCGACGAUUGGGACCUCGGCCAGCGCCUCAUGCUCGGCGGCUGCGACCCGCUGCCGCGCCGCCGCUGCCUCGCCCCGGCCUCCAAGCUCUUCCACCGCCCGCUGCCUAUCAACGAGUCUCUCUGGACGCUGCCCGACGACGGCAACGUCCGGUGGAGCCGCUACCACUGUCGUGAUUACAAGUGCCUGUCCGCGAGAAACCAGCGCCGCGGCUACGACCGGUGUGUGGGGUGCUUCGACAUGGACCCGGAGAAGCAGCGGUGGAUGGGCGCAGCGUCGACCAACCGCACCGCCUCCCUCGCCGACUUCCGUAUCGAUGACGUGCUGGCGGCGAAGCCCGGCGAGGUGCGCAUCGGCCUGGACAUGAGCGUGGGCACGGGUAGCUUCGCGGCGCGCAUGCGGGAGCGCAACGUGACCAUCGUGUCAACGGCGAUGAACCUGGGCGCCCCGUUCGCGGAGACGAUGGCGCUACGGGGGCUGGUGCCGUUGUACGCGACGAUGAGCCAGCGGUUGCCGCUGUUUGAUAACACCAUGGAUUUGGUGCACACGGCAGGGUUCUUCGAGGGGUGGGUGGACCUGCAGCUGCUGGACUUCGUGCUCUUUGACUGGGACCGUGUGCUCCGCCCUGGUGGACUGCUCUGGGUGGACAAGUUCGCCUGCGCACGCAAGGACCUCGAUGACUACAUGUACAUGUUCCUGCAGUUCAGGUACAAGAAGCACCGGUGGGUCGUCUCCUUCAAGUCCAAGGACGAGGUCUACCUCUCCGCGGUGCUCGAGAAACCGCCAAGGUCGUGA